CCUUCUCGGAAGCGAACGUUUAUAAAAGCAGAUCGAAUUCAGGAACGAUAACCAAAGGGAGGAAGAAACGAGAAGAUUGGAAAAAAUAUUAGAUAUAUUUUAUUUGCUUUAUUUAUUUGAAGUUUUUGAUGGCAAGCAGCAAAAGCUAUUACUCGAGAACGAACUACCGAUAUCUGUCGAGCGAUCAACAACUGCAAGCAACGAUGAGUCAUGACUCGGCGGCAUUCGAGUUAGACGAGUCAGAUAUUUAUAGCAACUCGGUCUUGACUCGCUCUGACUCGCCUGAGUUACGGAGCAUUCGAGUGGCAAAAAAACCGUCGUCAAAGCGCGGCGGUAGAGGGGAUACUGGAGUGGGAGGGACACCAGUUUCGCUGCCUGUCAACAUACCGGACUGGUCAAAAAUUUUGAGGGAAGAGUACAGCGAUAACCGGAGGAGAUCAGAGAGCGACGAUGAUGACGUGGAAGGAGAUGAUUGGUCGGAAGGAGGAGUUAGGAUUCCGCCUCACGAGUUUUUGGCGAGGACAAGGAUCGCAUCGUUCUCAGUUCAUGAAGGGAUAGGGAGGACUUUGAAAGGAAGAGAUCUGAGGAUGGUCAGAAAUGCAAUUUUUGAAAAAACUGGGUUCCAAGAUUAAACUAAAAUAAAAGAGUGAGAAUUUUGAAAAUCAUUAUAAUUUUUAAUUUCAUUAGAAAAUUUUAGCCCUUUUUUGUCUCUCUUCUUAUAAUUAUUACUUUUUUGCCAAUAUGUUUGAUUAAGAGGAUCAUUUUCCUUCGUGUAAUUCUAACCUCGAGAUUUUUAUGAGAUUAUGCGGACAAAAUUAAAACUAUUUUAUUUUAUUUUAAUUUUCAUGGAACCGAAGAACCUUAAUUUUGAUGAUAUCCAAUUUGGAUAAGGAGAUAAGUUUGGUCACUUAUAAACCUCGGAUGCGGUAAUUAAAAUAAAUAUUUAAAAAAUUGUUUGUAAUAAUUAAUUAAUUAUGUGGUUAGGGAUGAAAUUGGAUUUAAUUAGCAUUUAAUCUAAACCUCGAGCUUCGGAACUGUAAUAAAAUUUUGUAUCUGAUAUUAAUAGUUUGAUCU